UAGGAGUCAAUGUAAUUUAGCAUGGAAUUGAUGAUUGAGUACACAUAAGGUCCUUUCAACUCAAUUCCUGGGAAAAUAUCUGUGGAAUUUGCAUCCAAACUCUGGGGAGAAAUCCUUCACAUUUCCAAGGCAAAAGAUGCUGCAGCUGAAGAAGAGCUUUAAAGUCUUCAUCUUGUUGGUCUCAGUGGCUCUUGGUGUCUUCUGUGGGACUGCCCUGUCAGAAUGGUCACCAUGGACAAAGGAACUUCUGGAGAAGAUGCAAAGUGUAUUUCCAUCAGGACGAACAGCUUUCUGGAAUUCACACACUUUGAUUGAAACCCAAAAGUUGCAGAAUCUGCUGGAAGAGGUCACUCAGCUGAGGGCGGAGAUCAGUACUUUGAAGGAGCUGAGCCAGAUAGCUUUGGACCCCUGUGUCAGGACAAACUGGGCCCUCAAGAGCACUGGAGCCACCAUUGACACACAAAGAACUUCCCAGACCUAUGACUGCAAAGAUAGUCUUCCCUGCAGGAUUUUACGCUUCUUCUGGGCUGCCAGCCCUCCUGAUACUAUCCUGCAGCCAAAGGUUUUCCCAGGAAACUGCUGGGCUUUCAAAGGCCAUCAGGGCCAGGUUGUCAUCAAGCUGCCAGCACGAGUCUACCUGACUGCCAUCACACUGCAGCACAUCUCCAAAGAUGCCUCUCCAAGUGGGACCAUCGUCAGUGCCCCCAAAGACAUUGCUGUCUUUGGGGUGGAUACAGAAGAGGACACAGAAGAGGAAACUCUCCUGGGGAUGUUCACCUUCAAUGUGGAAAAAAACCCCACACAGACUUUCCCUCUGAAGAACAUGCUGCUCCCCAGAGCUUUUUCACAUGUCAAACUUCUUGUGAAGAGCAACUGGGGAAACCCGUGGUAUACCUGCAUUUACCGAGUGAAGGUUCACGGAAAGAUGGAAAACCAGAAAGACUUAACCCAGGGCCAAGAUAAAUAAGAAAAGACAAAUGAAGAAGAAAGGGCAGGGGGAAGAAGGGAAAUGGGGGGAAUUAUGUGGCAUCCCAAUGUUGAUUUUAGACUCUGCAUGUGGGACUGUGUCAGGUGAGUUUUAGGUAAGAUAUAAGGAAUUAUAGAAUCAUUUAAUCCCCUCUAUAGAAAGGGACCCACAAGGAUCAUCAAGUUCAACUCUAAGUCCUGCACAGGACAGCCCCAACAACCACACCAUGUGUCUGGCAGCUGGCUUGGUGCUGUAGCCAAUUCACUGGGGAACCUGACCAGUACCUGACCACAUUCUGGGUUCUGGGUUCUGAUUCUUCACCCAGAAGGUUCUUCACUCAGAAGAAGAAAGUUCUUUACCCAAGGUUCCUCACCUGUUUCUUCUGGACAGUUACAGGCUUUUCUGGACAGAAGAGGUGUAGGGGUCCCUUCCAUGUCAGGGGUUCCAUGGUACCAUGAUUCUAUGAUUCUAUGACCAUUUGUUGCCAACCCAUCUCUUGUAAACCCCUGACACAGUGCUGUGUAUGUCCCAUCCCAGAAGCAGAGUGGAAGCCACAGGUCCAAGGUUUUAGACAAUGGCAGAAUGGAUGGAAACCUCUCCUCCUUGCCCAUGACACACUAAUUUGUGCCAGA